CGCCGACAAUGUAAUGUUACUGAAUAAGGAGACUCUUUGUAAAGCGAUUCAUUGAAAAGAAGCUAUUCACUCGAAGCUUGGUAAAAAAAACCUUCCUUUGUUUGGCAGCAUUGUUCUCUUACCGGUAACCGUUUUAUUUGAAUAUAGAAGCAACCAGUAUACAGUCUAGUUAGGUUAGUACAGUGUGUAAGACUACAUGAUGAGCAGUUGUUUUAGUGUUUUAAGUUUACUAUUACUAGUAUUAGUUUUUUGCAAUGGCGACUCGUUUCAAAAUCCGAAAGACGAUGUGGACGAGCUGUUAAAGUUAAGAUCCAGUAUUUGCUACGCAGCUGAAAAAGCAGGUGUACCGUCAGCGUUGCUUGCAGGUAUCAUCAGUCGUGUAAGCGGGGCCGGUAGAAUGCUGAACGAGAAUGGCUACGGGCAACAUGGAUAUGGUGUGAUGCAGAUUGCUGAAAAACACGGUGCCGACACAAAGUUCGGGCCUUUUUCAAGAGAUCACAUUUUACAAGGCGCACAAAUUCUCCACGACCUAAUGCAUUCCAUACAUGAAAAACACCCAGGAAUCAUGAUGGACCAACAAUUUCGAGGCGGAAUAUUGGCCUACCGAGUUGGUGUGGAAAAUCUAAGGCCGCCCGAUCUAAUUCAUUCGGAUAUGCCGGAACAGCAAUAUGCGAAUGACGUUCUCAGGCGGACAUCGUUCUUUGAACAGCAAGGGUUUGGGAGAAAAGAAUGCACAAACAUUCAGCAUGAGGAUCUUUAAGUUAGAACAAUUACACUUCUGGUGUGUAGUUUUCAUGUUUGGUUUUAGUCUGAUGAUGUUUGGUCGUAGUUUUCAAUAAAUUGGAGCAAAUUAAAUUAA